CGACGUUAAGCCUCGACUAGAUUGUGGUGUACAUGUGGGCCACUUUCAUGAAAUUGCGUCACUUGUGGUAUAUAUAAAUCGACUGUAUUAUCAUUAUAACUAUUUGUUGAAGACACUGUUAUGGAAAGUUGAAGUAACAAACAUUUUUACAAUGGAGAGCAAGGCUGGUAGCAGUAAGCCUUCAGAGGUCCAGGUGGAAAGAAAGAGCACUGCAAAACUUGAUGAAAUCCUGCAAAUUGAAAAGUGUGUACAGGAAAGGUGGAGUAAAGAGUGUAUUUUUGAAGAGGAUGCACCUGUUCCAGGCAGUCCUGAGGAAAAGAAGCCAAAGUAUGUCGUCACUUUUCCGUUCCCAUACAUGAAUGGCCGUCUUCACCUGGGACAUACGUUUUCUCUGUCCAAAUGUGAGUUUGCUGUGGGUUAUCAACGUUUGCAAGGAAAGAAAUGCCUGUUUCCUUUUGGCCUUCACUGUACUGGUAUGCCUAUUAAGGCUUGUGCAGACAAACUGAAGAGAGAAAUGGAGACAUAUGGCUUCCCCCCAGAAUUCCCCACUGAAGAUGAGCCAGAAGAUGAAACACCUAAGGAGGAGGAACCGAUUUUCAAGGACAAGUCGAAAGGAAAGAAGAGUAAGGCUGUUGCUAAAAGUGGGAAUCUGAAGUACCAGUGGCAGAUCAUGUCAGCUCUGGGUAUACCUAAUGAUGAAAUCAAGAAGUUUGCAGACUCACUCCACUGGCUCAAGUACUUCCCACCCCUCACAAAGACAGAUCUGCAACAUAUGGGUGUCAAGGUGGACUGGAGGCGCAGUUUUAUCACUACAGAUGAGAAUCCAUUCUAUGACUCAUUUGUAAGAUGGCAGUUCUACAGGCUCAAAGGAAAAGACAAGAUUAAGUUUGGCAAAAGGUACACCAUCUACUCCCCAAAAGAUGGACAGCCUUGUAUGGACCAUGACAGAAGUAAAGGAGAGAAUGUUGGGCCUCAAGAGUACACACUGAUCAAGUUGAGAGUUCUGGAGCCUCUCCCUCCCAAACUAAGAGGCUUGGAGGGAAGAAAGGUGUAUUUGGUAGCAGCCACUCUACGACCAGAGACAAUGUUUGGACAGACCAACGUCUGGAUUCAUCCAACGAUUCCUUACAUAGCUCAUGAACUGGUCAAUGGAGAUGUUUUCAUCUCAACAAGAAGAUCGGCUCGCAAUAUGUGUUACCAAGGCUUCACCAAGACUGAAGGAGAAGUGAAGGUUCUAGUGGAGCUGAGGGGACAGGAUGUUAUGGGUGUUGCUCUAGCAGGCCCUCUCAGCAAGUACAAGGUCAUAUACACCCUGCCCAUGCUCACCAUCAAGGAAGAUAAAGGAACUGGUGUGGUGACCAGCGUCCCAUCAGAUGCUCCUGACGACUUCGCUGCUUUAAGGGACUUAAAAAGCAAGCAGCCUUUGAGGGAGAAAUUUGGAAUCAAAGAUGACAUGGUCCUGCCCUUUGAACCAGUACCUAUUAUUGAUGUGCCAGACUAUGGCAAUCUAAGUGCUGUUAAAGCUUGUGAGGAUUUUAAGAUCCUUAGCCAGAAUGACCGAGAGAAGCUUCAAGAGGCCAAGCAAACUGUGUACAAAAAGGGAUUUUAUGAAGGUGUCAUGAUAGUUGAAGGCUACAAGGGACAGAAGGUUGAAAAUGUCAAGAAAAUCAUACAAGAAAUGAUGAUAAAAAGUGGAGACGCACUGAAGUACAUGGAGCCAGAGAAGAAGGUGAUAUCACGAUCCAAUGAUGAGUGUGUUGUGGCCAACUGUGACCAGUGGUAA